AUGGCGUACUAUAUGGCAGAGGCUGACGAAAACAAUCAGUUUGAUGAGUUGAGAUUGAAUCCGAAUCGAGAUGUUUCUGAAGAUGAUUUGCGUAAGAUCGGCAUCGAAACCACCAAGGUUGAUUUCGACGAUCCGAAUGUUGAGGAAAACUUAGAAAAACUUAUCAAGCAAUACGAUAUGCACCAUAGAGAUGAAAUCCAUAUCAGCAAAGAUACACUCCCGGAUUUUGAAGCAAAGCUCAAAAUCUUUUUUGAUGAACAUCUUCAUAAUGAUGCUGAGUUGCGGAUCAUAAAGAAAGGAGUUGGUUAUUUUGAUGUUAGAGAUGCAAAUGAAAAAUGGAUACGCAUUCCCGUGAAGCGUGGGGAUUUCGUCUUCCUUCCAGCUGGAAUCUAUCAUAGAUUCACCCCGGAUGUCAAAAAAGAUGUAGUUGCGAUUCGACUUUUCCGAAACAAUCCAAAAUGGGAAGCUCAUAGUCGUUCUGUUGACGGCGAUUUGCAAGAUGAGCGCAAGCAAUACCUUCAAGAAAUCAAAGCUUGA